AUGGCUGGGGGCGAAAAGACCUAUCAUAUGCCAGGUACUUAUUCUGAUAAUUAUCGCACCCAUCUGGGGGCGUUUCGUAAAGCAGCGCAAUAUCUGUAUAGUCAUCCAAUUCCCAAAGAACCUUAUAAAUAUGAAAGUCUGCCAGGAGUUUUACAUUUAUUUGAACAAGAGCUUGAAAGGUAUAUCUGCACACAUGACGCAGCCUUGGUCAUGUUCUAUGGCGAGCCUAACUCAAAGUUUAAGAAAGCCAAGCAAUCGUUAAUAUGGGCUGCAGCUCAGAACAACACCGAAUUUGACCAACCGUAUGGAGCAGUCGACUGUACGAAGUAUGAGAACCUCUGUCAACAGCAUGGAGCCCACGCGACCAGCUUACCCCAGUUCAAUCUCUACGUUGGUGGCAAGAUCAUGAAUACUUACAACCAUACCCUGAGCGCCGAGGAUAUGAUGAUGUUAGUGGAUAAAUCUAACCAUGAGUUGGACUUAACUCCACUCCCACUCCCAGUCUCUAAACGUCAACGUUUCCUAAAGUCCAUGUGUUCAUGCGUCGUCGGCCAAAAAGAUUGA